CAGCCCUAGAUAUGACUUGGUCAUAAUACGCAUGCGCGAGAAAGCGGCCCUAAUAGCAACACUAAAGUUACGCCACAUGUGACAGCACCCUUACACUUCCUUUUUACAUCAUGAUUGUAUUAUUUGUUUCCUCAGGAUUACCAAAUUUUUAUAGCACAUUAAUUUUGAUCUUUUCAAAAUAGUUGGUAGCCAUGUACUUGAUACACAAGCCGCAAUUCAGCUUUAAGCUAUGUAUUCUGUGUAAUGUCGUUAUUGGAAAGCACUGUGUUGAGCACUGUGUCAUUUUGUGUCGCCUGAAUCUCUUGGAAAGCUUCCAACAUUGUUUAAUAGUUUUGCUUCACAAUGUUUAAACGAUCUGAUGAGAUGAUAACAGAUGAUUGUCGUAUGCCUACGAAACGAGCUAAGUUUGACAUUUCUAAGAAUCUACAAUAUCACAAAAUACAGGAUAAAAUUCCUGAAAAUAAAAAUGCCCAGAAUGAUGAUCUUUGGGGCGAUGAUUUCAAUGAAGAGGAUAUCGAGGAGAUGGAUUUAAUUGCGUCUAAAGUUUGCGUACAGGAAACUACUUUGUUAAAUAAUUUGGAGCCGCUAAAACAAAAUGUAAAUUUAAUGAAAUCAAGCUUUCCAGAGAAAACAAUUGCUACUACUUCUCUUGAAACUUCAUGUUCAAAAUUGUCAUUACCAACAGAAAAAUUCAUUAAGAUUACAAAGAAAAAUAUACAGGGUACAAGUCAAUAUAGUCAGGAUACAACAGAGAUUAAUUAUUCUCAAUUUAAAAAUAGAUUAAUAGACCAAAAAAGUCAUAAUUCAACUUUUCAGAACAGAAAUAAUUUUAUUGUAUCAGAUAAUAAAGAAUUGGAAAAAUUAAAAACUGAAAAUAAAAAACUUUUAAAUGACUUUAUAACAAAAGAUGGUGAAACUGUAUUUCUGCGGCAGCAACUACAACAAACUCAACUACGAUUUGAAAAUGAGAAGUUAGAAAAAAUACGUUUAAUUGAAGAGCAAGCCAAUCGUCAUCAAACAGAAAUCAACAAAAUUUAUAAAGAAAAGGAACAAUUAAAAACGCAAUUAGAAAUACAAAAUCUAGAAAUUGAAAAUCUUCAAGAACGUUAUAAAUUAUUAGGAUCUGUAAAUAUUAAAUUGAGAAAUCCUCAAUCAUUAUAUACAAAUACUCCUCUUAAUCUUGUAUCCACAUCUAUUAAUCUAGGAAAUUGGACAACAAAUCUAAAUAGGAAUCUGAAAGAAAUAUGUAUACAAACUGAUAUUCAUAAAAAAAAUGAUUAUCAACUUAAAACAUGUAAUACUUAUUUUCCUCUUACAAGAAUUUCAGAAUUAAUGUUUAGAGUAUCAUUACCAGAAAAAUCCAUUGUUAAUAUUAAAGUUAUAGAAAAAACUGGAAGAAGAAAUUUACCUAUUUUGCAAGAGGAGGAAACAUUCAGAAUUUUUGAAAACCCAGAAUUAGUAAAACCAGUAGUUACUAUGAUAGAUGGAAAAAGAUUAACAACAGAAUUUGUUUUACUUGAAAUUGCAACCAUUGAAAAGAAAAUUAAUACCGAAAUAGAAUCAGAAAGAUGUAUACCGAUAAUCAAUAAGCUAAUUUUAACUACAAGAGAGCUAAUGUUGAAUGUUAUAACAGUUUUGAAAACAAUUUUUCAAGCUAUGAAGAAUGAUGAUAUUCGAGAUAUGAACGACUUAUAUUUGUCUACACUUUAUAAAGAUCAUAAUAUAUGUAUUAAGUCUGAAUGCGAAGCAGAUAUAUGGCAUGAAGGAGAACGUGGUAUUGAAGCUAGAAGAUUACUUGGUACACUUUCACAAAUUAGUAUUGAAUCAUCAUACUUAAGUGAUUACUUAGCAGGGAAGUCAAUUUUGCUCACGCACAAUGAUAAAUGCUAUAAUUAUUAUUUGCAACAAAUGAUACGUUACAAUACAUGGUUAAAAAAAGGCCAUAAAUUUGAAAUGCUUGAAAUUAUUUUAGAGUGUGUUACUUUAAUAGAAAGUAUUAGAAGAUCUCAUCAAUUUACAGGUCUUAUAAAUGCAAUUAUAAAAGUACUGUGUAAUGUACAACAAAAAGUGGGUUAUUGUGACAAAGGAUUAGAAUAUAUUUAUCUGAUAUUCAAAGAACUCAUAUUCUCGAGACCAUUGUCACUCUGUUAUGUUUCAUUAUCAAAUUUUAUAAUGGUUUUCAGUAAAUGCAAUAUAUUUAUAUCCAAACUUUGCAUGAGUUCACAAUUAAUGGCGAUAAAAAGAUGGAAAGGACUUUUACAUUUUACACCAGAUGCUUGUGUAUUACAAAUUUUUAUUGCACAAGUGGAACAUUUUCAUCCAGACUUUCUCACUAUAGUAAACAUGACGCAUGCAUUAAUAUCAUGUGUAUAUCAUGUCUUGCAGAAGAAUAACUUAUUUAGAACUGAAAGUUCAAAAUCUUGUAAUUGUUACACGAAAUUAUUACGAUUUACAAUUAAUAUGUUAAAGAAAUGUUCUGAAAACAAAGUAGAUAUGAUCAAUACAAAAUGGCCAGAUACAUUUUACACUUCCAAGAAAUGUUGUAUUUUGAAAAAAAUUAAUUACAAAGAUUAUACAUAUCAGAAUAUAAAUGAUUAUCUAACAGAAAUAUAUUCAGAAAAAUUAGAUCAAAAUUUUUGGUUUGGUAUGAAAAAAAUUCAAUACAAGAUAUUGAGACAAGGUAUCAGAUUUUUAUGCCAUCUUGUGAUUUGUGAUCCUGAUUUUGUUUGCCAAUCAUCUGAUAUUGAAGAUUCAUUACAUUUAUUUAUACAAAAUAUUGCUUUUUUUGACGACUUGAUACUUGAUGAAAAUGAACGAGAAGCAUUAGAGCGUAUAAAAACUACAUUUGUUGAUAAAAGUGUACACUGUGAAACAGAAACAUCUAAAGAUAUACAUGAUAGUCAAUUGCAUAUAACAGAUUUUAAAAAGAGAAUUGUUCCUACGACUGAAAAAAGUACUCGAACUAUUGAAAAUUACGAUAAAGUGUAUAUGGCCAUCAGAGCCAUAUAUAAUUCUAAAGAAUAAUUAAAUAUAUAAAUUCUCAUAAUUAUCUUAAUAUUUAUAUAAUAAUUUCUAUAUAAACAUGAGAUCGUAGGAAUAAUGUAAGGAUAAAUUUACAACAAAAUAUUUAUAUAUCAAUUU